AUGAAGUUGAACUUGAUUGUGUUUGUGGCUGCAUUGGUAGGAUCUACUUUUGCUUCGCCAGCUACCCAAAAAGUGAAGCAAACCCCCUUGGGUGUUCCGUAUCAAGGAGAUGCCAUUCAGAUCAAUAAAAAGGUCCUCUCAACCAAAAAGAUACCCUUUCAAUCACAUCCUGCUGGCAAUGCAUCUUGGUUGGGCAUGAAUUUCGAUUUCCAAUAUGUCAAGCCUGUAUUUGACAUCCUCAACUCAACGCAGGUUCCAUUGCUCAACAGAGGUGAAUCGCACAUUACUGUCAUUUCCCCUCCUGAAUUUGGCGUCCUCGCCACCACUGGUAUCACCAUUGAUCAAGUCAACCAAAUCGCCCUGAAAGAAAAGAUUCAAUCCAGCAAAGUCAAGAUUGUUUGUCUCGGCAAAGAAGAUGUCAAUGGCAAGGUUGUAUACCAACUCAUUGUCUCCGCUCCUAAUCUUGUCAACAUCCGUGAAAAAGUGUUCCAAUUGUUUGCCAAGAAAGGUGGAAAUACUGCUCUCUUUGAUCCCAGUGCAUUCUGGCCACAUAUCACUGUUGGCUUCACUUCUGGCGAUUUGUUCAUCCAAGAUGGUGUCUAUAAGGGCGCUAAUGUGUGUUAUAGACCCAUCUCACUCAAGAGUAAGGUCAAUUAA